UACAUGAAGAGGAACAGCAGCCUGAAUCCUUUAUACUUUCAGUUCACUCUGUUUGCAGACUAUGGGUCACUCAGAUAUCUGUUCUUUAUUCUGUGUCUGUUGAUCUACAUGACUAUAAUCUCUGCUAACGCUGUCAUUAUUGUGACAGUCAUCCUGGAGAAGUCUCUGCAUCAGCCCAUGUUUAUUUUCAUCUGCAGUCUGUCUUUGAACUCUCUGUACGGCUCGUCCGGCUUCUUCCCCAGGUUUCUGUCUGACCUUCUGUCUGACAAUCAUUUGACCACACGUCCCUCAUGUUUCAUUCAGAUGUACAUCAUUUACACCUAUGCAUCAUGUGAGCUGACUAUUCUGAGCAUCAUGGCCUACGAUAGACUUGUUGCUAUUUGCCAGCCUUUACAUUAUCACAGUAAAAUGACAGUUAAGAAGGUGACACAUCUUCUAAUGUGCGCCGUGCUCUACCCUGCUGUUGCUUGUGGCUUCUGUCUGUCCCUUACUGUUCGAUUACCGUUAUGUGGAAAUAAACUGCACAGGGUUUUCUGUUCUAACUGGCCUGUGGUUCAGCUCUCCUGUGUGGACACAACUAUGAACAAUGUGGCAGGUCAGUUUGUCACUGUGACAUCGAUCUUCAUCCCCAUGUUCUUUGUCCUGUACAGCUAUCUGCGUAUUCUGCUUGUUUGCAGGAGAAGCUCGUCUGAAGUCAGAGGAAAGGCGUUACAAACCUGCCUGCCUCACAUUGUGACAUUUAUGACCUUUACUUUCUCUCUCUUCUGUGAGCUUUCAUUGACUCGCUUUGAGGCAGAUAAAAUGAAUCCGAUCAUGACAAUUGUUUUAUCUUUGGAGUAUCUGAUCAUUCCCCCUAUCAAUAACCCUCUAGUUUACGGCCUGAAUCUGCCUCAGAUUAGAGGCGUUGUUUUUAGAUUUUUGAGGAAGGGUCCUACUGCCAAAAUUUAG